AGGCGGGUCCCCCCGGGAGGCUGGCCCUGGAGCUGCGCCACACGCAGCUGGGCUGUGGGGGUGACCGCGUGUUCCGGGUCCCAGGUGCUCAUGGGCGGCUGAGCUGGAGAUGAAAGGAGAGCAUUUCCAGGAGGUACCCAGUGCAGGGGAGCAGCUGUGGUUUCAGGGCGUUCCCGCGGAGUGGCUGCCGUGAUUUGAGGAGCCGUGAAUGCAGAAUGCUGGGCUCAGCCCCGCUCCGAGCCUCCGGGCUCUGGGGGGCCUGGCCGUGGCAGCCCUUCUCUCGGCUGUCUGGCUCUGGUGGAGGCUCGGGGCGGCCCCCGGGGGAGCUCCGGCCCCGCAGCCCACGAUCACCAUCCUCGUCUGGCACUGGCCGUUUGCCAGCCAGCCCCCAGAGCUGCCCGGGGACACCUGCGCCAGGUACGGGGUGGCCCGGUGCCACCUGACUGCCAACCGCAGCCUGCUGGCCGGCGCGGACGCCGUGGUCUUCCACCACCGAGAGCUGCAGACCCAGCGGGCCCGCCUGCCCCUGGCCGAGCGGCCGCGGGGCCAACCCUGGGUGUGGGCCUCCAUGGAGUCGCCCAGCCACACCCGCGGCCUCGGCCGCCUCCGGGGGGUCUUCAACUGGGUGCUGAGCUACCGGCGUGACUCGGACAUCUUCGUGCCCUACGGCCGCCUGGAACCCCGAGAGGGGCCCCCGCCUCCACUGCCAGCCAAGCGCGGGGUGGCCGCCUGGGUGAUCAGCAACUUCCAGAAGCGGCAGCGGCGCGUGCAGCUGUACCGGCAGCUGGCGCCCCACCUGCAGGUGGACGUGUUCGGCCGGGCGGUCGGGCAGCCCCUGUGUGCCGACUGCCUACUGCGCGCCGUGGGCCGCUACCGCUUCUACCUGUCCUUCGAGAACUCCGAGCACCGGGACUACAUCACCGAGAAGUUCUGGCGCAAUGCGCUGUCGGCCGGCGCUGUGCCGGUGGUGCUGGGCCCCCCGAGGGCCGCCUACGAGGCCGUCGCCCCGCCCGACGCCUUCGUGCACGUGGACGACUUCGGCUCGGCCCGUGAGCUGGCCGCCUUCCUCGCCGGCAUGAACGAGAGCUGCUAUCGGCGCUACUUCGCGUGGCGAGACCGAUUCCGCGUGCGGCUGUUCAGCGACUGGCGAGAACGCUUCUGUGCCAUCUGCGCCCGCUUCCCCCAGCUGCCCCGCGGCCAGGUCUACCAGGACCUCGAGGGCUGGUUCCAGGCCUGAGCGCCGCCUGCGGAGGGGGGCAGGGAAGGGUGGCUGGGGAGCUGGACAUGUGGGUAGAGGGCUGGGUGUUGAAAUCAAACCAGCGGCAUCCGACCCGACCCCCGUAGGCAACUGCCUGCCGGAUGUGGAAGCUGGGGUGGGGGGCCGGGAAGCAGGGCUCGGCUGGGCAGCCUGCCUGGAGGAGGAGGCUGCUGGGUAUCGGAGCCACUCUUUGGAGGCAGAGGCGAGCGCAGGGAGGGAGGAAUGGGGUGCGGGGUGCUGAGGUCCAUCAGGUGGACGGCCACACAGGCCCUCCGUCCCCACCUCGAUCAUGUCUCGGGCAGGUUAGGGCUGCCCUCACAUGGGCAGGGGCUGAGAGAGGCUGGAGGCAGGGCCCUCGGGGCUGCCGACAUGCCCCCUGAGGUCUGUGGGGGCAAAAACCGGGCCCUCGGAUAGCUGGGGUCCCUUUGUCCCGGAUGAGCAGUCUGGAGCCCGGCAUGCAGACCCUGUGGCCUGGACCCCAGACAGCCAAGCAGCCUGCCGUCCCCUGGGGAGGGAACACCAACCAAUAAAGACAGAAGCAGAGCACA